UACACACUCAUUGGUUAUUGAAGCAACAAGGGUGGGAUACAUGGGGAGCGCUAUAUAUCGCGUAAGUAAGAAGUCGCGUAGUAAGAAUCAUUUCGUGCUGAACAAUUAACUCGAAUACAUUAGUUAAUGUAGUGCAGCGAGUUUGAGCGCUAAGACAUUCGACGAUCAAAGAAGUGCAAGUCUCGGCUAGACAAUCAAAGUCAAGCCAAGUGGGGUAUAGAAAACGACGUGGCAUACGGUCGCAUACGCCAUUAAAACGUGUAAAAUCGAUGAUCUACCGAGUUUGGAACUAAUCGUUGAAAUUAACAUCGGAAACUGGACGCGGAGUGGAAGGAAAGAGCAGAAAAAAAAGAACGGAGAGAAAGAGCAAGGGUCGGAGAGUACCAAGACGCUCCAUUUUACUCGCGCUAGCAGAAACAGAGGUGGAUAGUGGAAGUGCUUUGCAUCUACAGAAAAAAUGGGCGAUAAUACAAGCAACCUGGAUCAACAACAAGAAUCUGCCAUGGAUCUUUCCAUAAAAACGGGGAGAGCUACGGAUCAAAGAGAUUGUAGGCCAACGCAUCGUCAGCCUAAUUUAAAUUAUUAUCAAAACUACAGCCACUUGACCAGAUACGGCAGCUUGAACAUCAACUAUCCUGGUUCUAGCAUAAAUCAAGAUAUGAUGAUACCGUUAACAUCCACUAGACCAAAUUCAACAUCAUUGUGUAAAAGAGAUAGUGCCGCGAAAUUGCAAUCCUUGAUCCGGACGAAAAUGGGAAGCCGAAAAGAAAAUCAAAGCAAGCGAUCGAGGAAAGAAAGAGAUAUCGAAGAGAAGAUCAAGGCAAUUGACAUGGUAUGUAGCGGCAAACCCAAGGCGGCGGUGGCGCGUGACAUUGGCGUGCCAGAAUCAACUUUGCGCGGGUGGUGCAAAGCCGCAGAUAAGAUCCGCAUGCAAGCAAAUCAGCGAGCAUCUGGAUAUUAUAAGCAUAUUUUGACAACGUUCAGUUCGGAUAACGUUCCGGAUAAUAGUCGAUCGAGAUCGUCAUCGCGGUCAACGCCAACCGGUCAAGGUACGGGAUUCUCGCGUUCUUCUGGCGUUGCGGACAGACCUAGCAAGGAACUUGAACCCGGUCUGGCUUUGAAAAGAAUGAAGAUUGACAACCUCUCGCCAUUCGCCGCCGCAAAUAUGUCGACAUCGUCUACAUUAACGAAUGAUUUAUACGAACGCGAGCUUACACAAUUCAACUUGUAUUGUUUUAUGACUACUACUUCUACCAGAUGUCCAUCAUCGGCAAGUAUUCCUCUGAAUAGUCUGCAGAUGCAUAGGAACAACGGUGCGAUGAAAUCAUCGAGAAAGCACAGGAUCCAAUCGCCAAAUGCGAGAAAUGUCUCGGCUGGAAACAACUCUCAACUAUCAACUAACGUUCACACCUCCUUCCUAUCAACCAGCAACCAAAACGCCCUUCUGUCAAGCAGCAAUGAAUCGAUCCCAUCUACAUCAAUGAGCAAUCGUUACGACGAAAAGCUAAUGGCAGCGAUUCGAGAUCCGAUAGUUCGUCGAAAACGUAAGACCUUAAAUGAUAUUGUAAAUAAUUUGCAUGAAUGUAGACAAUUUAUGAGUCAAACCGAGUUAUCGGAAUUAUAAAUUACCAGUAUAAGCUCUUGUGCCUUCAUUGGUGCACAUUAAAUUCGUUGUACACAAAUCAUAACUAUGUGUUAUUUGUGACAUAUCACUUUUACACUUAGAUUAACGUACAGCGACUUUUAUGUGCCAUAAUGCGUACUAGUGCGGUUUAAUCGAAUUCACUAUAAUUGUUUAUAUAUGUACAUACACACACAAUCUUAAAACUAAUGAUUUUAAAAUUAAAACAAAAAAACUUAACAAAAAAAAGAUAAAUAUUUUUAAUUUUAGAUUUAAUUUAUUUUAAGUUUAAUAUCAUUUUUUUAGUUAAUAAUUUUGUUUUUUAUUAUACGAAUAAUGUAAAUAAUGUAAAUAAGGACAAUUUAAAACAAAACAUAUCGAAUUAAUUUGACGAUACGCUCCACCUCGUUACCGGGCCGAUCACCUGCCUUAGCAUUUUGCAACGCAUUUGCCGAAACAAAAAUUCGAGGGGGUAACCACUAGCUACAGAUUAUUGCUAAUUAAUUUCAUAAAACUUUUUAAUUACCUUUUUUCAGAAAAAACAUGGAAAAAUGAUUACAAAAGCCAAAAACUUGCGCUAUUAUAUAUGAUUUCCAAAGCUUACCUAAAAACUCAAAAUGAUUUCAUGAUUACAUCAUUUGAUUGUAACAUGAUUACGUGAGAAUUUCCUAAUGAUUUCGGAGAUACUGUUACAUUAAGUACACAAUUACAUUAAUUGGUUACCUCUUCGCAAAGAUUACUUAUGCAAACAUGCCUGCGUUCAAAAACUUCAUCGCUGGCUAUUACGAUUUCGCUCGCGCCUGAAGUGCUCAUUUACGGCCUCCACAUGGCAGAUUUCCCGAUGCGAUUGAUCGAGCGUGAAUUUAAAUUUAAUUUAUUUGUAAGAAAAAUUUAAGUUUUAAAAAUUCAGUAUUUGCAGUAUCUUAUAUAGAUAAUAUGUAUAUAGUAAAUUAAUACUGCGGAAGUAAUGUAUAGUUAAGUGUAUAUAAUUUUUAAUUAAUAAUAUAAAUCUCAGGUGCUGCCAUAUAUUU